UGCUUGCUAGGGUUUCUCCCUUUCUCUCCUUUAGUGAAGCAAGGUCGUCUUCAACUGCAGCAAAGGGAGGAGAGACUGAGAGAGAGAUCAUCGCCGUAGAAAGAUGUUGGACAUUAAUCUAUUCAGAGAAGACAAAGGCAAUGAUCCAGAGCGAGUCCGUGAAUCACAGCGUCGCCGUUUCGCCUCUGUCGAACUCGUCGACGAAAUCAUCCAACUCGACAUCUUAUGGAGACAACGUCAGUUCGAGCUCAGUAAUCUGCAGAAAGACUUCAAUCGCAUCAACAAAGAAGUCGCUCGCCUCAAAAUCGCGGGUGAGGAUGCAACUGAGAUGAUAAAGAACACUGAUGAUAACAAGCAGCUGACGGCAUCUAAAGAAAUCGAGGUCCAGGAGGCAAGAGCUGUGUUAUAUUCAAAGUUGGAGACCGUAGGAAAUCUUGUGCACGAUUCCGUCCCCAUCAGCAAUGAUGAGGCAAACAAUGUGGUUGCUCGUUCUUGGGGAGAGAAGAGAGUUGAAGGAAAGUUGAGGAAUCAUGUUGAACUUGUUCAGCUUCUUGGAAUUGCAGAUCUAACAAAAGGUGCUGAUGUAGCGGGUGGAAGAGGUUUCUACUUGAAGGGUGCUGGUGUCCUUCUUAAUCAGGCAUUGAUAAAUUUUGGCCUUCAAUUUCUUUCAAAACGGACCUAUACACCAUUGCAGACUCCAUUCUUCAUGAGGAAAGAUAUAAUGGCAAAAUGUGCUCAAUUAGCUCAAUUUGAUGAAGAACUUUACAAGGUAACUGGUGAGGGAGAUGACAAGUAUCUGAUUGCCACAGCUGAACAGCCAUUGUGUGCUUAUCAUCUAGGUGAAUGGAUCCAUCCUUCACAAUUACCCAUAAGGUAUGCUGGAUAUUCAACUUGCUUUCGUAAAGAAGCCGGUUCCCAUGGGCGAGAUACGUUGGGCAUUUUUAGAGUCCAUCAAUUUGAGAAAGUGGAGCAGUUCUGUAUCACCAGCCCAAACGAUAAUGAUUCCUGGGAGAUGCACGAGGAGAUGCUAAAAAAUUCAGAGGAUUUCUAUAAGGAGCUGAACAUCCCGUAUCAAAUUGUAGCCAUCGUUUCUGGUGCUUUGAACGAUGCGGCUGCCAAGAAGUAUGAUUUAGAAGGGUGGUUUCCUGCAUCCAAAACAUACAGAGAGCUGGUAUCCUGUUCGAAUUGUACCGACUACCAGUCACGAAGACUUGAGAUCCGCUAUGGCCAGAAAAAGAGUAAUGAACAAGUGAAGCAGUAUGUUCAUUUGUUGAACUCUACCCUCACAGCAACAGAAAGGACCAUUUGCUGUAUUCUUGAAAAUUACCAAAAGGAAGAUGGUGUUGAGAUUCCAGCACCUUUACAACCCUUCAUGGGUACUGCCUUCCUUCCCUUCCAGAACAGCCCAGUGCCAGAGACGAAGGGAAAGAAGUCUAAAGCCAAGGCGGCUGCUUAAACAUGAGAACCGAAACAUCCAGAAGCAUGAUCGGCUAUGUUACCAAAAUAUUACAUUGAGCAAUGUGUUGUCACAUUUAUCUGAUAUGAUCAAUUAUUAGAAGGGUUUGAAUUGGCCCAACACCACCACUACCACUACCACUACCACCACCUCCUUAUGGCAGGUUGCAGAAAUUUUUAUUCAGUUAUUGUGCAACUGUCUUCCUCAAAAAUAUUUAGUAGUCAUUGGCGUGCUUACAGCGACACUUCUUUUUGUGGAAGUUGACAAAAAGAGUGUGGUUGGUUUUUAUGUUUUGGGAAUAUGAACUAAUGUUGAUUGUUCCAUGCAUGAUUUUUGCGGAACUAAUGUUGAUUGGUGCA